GGGCUGGUCUCCAUCAGCCUGGUUAGGUCCUUGUCUUUAAAGGUCUGCUGUGGAAUCGUGGCUUUCGAGGAGGUGCAUUUUGGGGGACUGAUAAAUCAUCACCUUUUCGACCAGCUAGUUACUUUUCACGGUCUGAGGGUGGUUUUGAAUUAACUGAAUAUGUCCACUUUUUCUCUGCUGCAGAAAACGGAGCAUAGAUAUUUUCUUUCUGUUUUUAACAUCUCCAAAAAAGUCAUUUUACAUUAAUGUUAUGGAAGUUAAAGAGAGUGAUACAAAUGUCUCAUGGACCGGAAGGUGACUUAAUAAUUUCUUCAUUUAUAAACCUCAUCAAGCAGUCAUUACACUUAUGAGGUGUUGGAAAUUAAUAGCUCUUCUAGUUUUUGCAUUAUUUAAAUACAGUAGAAAAUUGGAAUAAAAUGUUCCUGAUGCCCGCCUCUUCAGAGUUAAACAGUGGGCAGAACUUCCUAACCCAGUGGAUGACCAAUCCUUCUCGGGCUGGAGUCAUAUUAAAUCGUGGAUUUCCUAUUUUGGAAGCAGAUGAAGAGAAGCGAGCAAAUGUGAACAUUUCCACCAGCUUUCCUGUUAAAGCCACACAGUUCUCAAAUAGCUUGAACUUUAUAAGUGAAGACGAUUCACUUCGUGAAGAAGAGAAGUUGGAGUCUCACAGCCCUUCUAAACUACAGUCAGAUAAAUCUGAAACACAUGCACUCUUUCCUUUACCUAAAGAGGGACCACAACCAGUGGCAUGUCAGGAUGCUCCUGGACACUGGGAAGAUAACAAAAGUGACUUUAUCUCAGAUCUUGUGAGUGAAUUCAAAGAAGUGGCUUAUAAAGACCCACUUUUUAAAAAGCUUGAACAGCUGAAAGAGGUGCAGCAGAAGAAGCAGGAACAACUGAAGAGGCAACAGUUGGAGCAACUGCAAAGACUCAUGGAAGAGCAAGAAAAGCUGCUCACUAUGGUGUCUGGGCAGCGCACACUCUCAGGUUUAACUCUACUGCCUGAUGAUCAGAGUCAGAAGUACAGAUCUCCAGGAAGUUCAGCCACCAUAGAGAAACCCAAACCCUUCUUACCAUCACAUAUCUACCAGAAUCAAACCCAAGGAAAAACAUACACUUCCAACAUUUUGUCCUGUGAACCAAAUAACUUCUGUAGAACUACUCAUCAAGAUUUUGUCUCAACUUCAAAAAGUGACGCUUCUCCUAGUUUGUUUUAUGAGGCACAAUAUCAAGAAACACUUGUGAAAAAAAAUGAUUUGAAGGAAGAAAACCAUAAUCAUCCUAAAGGUGAAGGUAUUUUACCAUGUUGGGAGAAAAUGACAAACCAGAUUCAGGAAGGGAAUGAUGUGAACUUAAAAAAAAUUGCCGAUUCCUCAGAAGUGGUUAAUAAUGAAGAAAGGCCUAUUAAAGCUGCUAUUAGAGAAAGGAAACAGACAUUUGAAGACUACUUGGAAGAACAAAUUCAGUUGGAAGAACAAGACUUGAAACGGAAACAGCUAAGGGAAGCAGAAGGAUCAUUGCUAAUCAAAGCAAAACCAAAACAGCCAUUCUUAAAACGAGGAGAAGGUUUAGCUAGGUUUACUAAUGCUAAAUCUAAGUUUCAGAAAGGGAGGGACAGUAAACUAGUGACUAAUCAGAGCAUUUCAGAGGACCAAGCUGUGUUUAAAAUAGAAAGACAGCAAUUCCAUCGGAAAACUGCUUUUAUAAAUAAAGAACUAUGUACAGAGAACCCUCCUGCUAAAAAGAGCAAUAAAGCUAGAACCAAGAGUGGUUCUGUCACACUCAGUCAGAAGCCAAAAGUGCUUACCAGUAAUAAUAGGAAAGGUCUCUUUCCAUCAGGAUUGAAAAUACUGUCAGGGAAGAAAUGUGAUGGGCAAUUUAGAGACCAGAUCAAAUUAGAAAAAAAAGUAGAAUCUAAUAAAGAAAAUGAACCUGAGUGUUCAAAACCUUGUGAUAUUGGUUGCAAAGUCUGGAAUAACACACAAAUUAAAGACAGACUUCCCCUUUUGACAGGGCUGGUUGGCUCCAUGGCUUCUAAGAGCCCAAUAAGUGAGGCCUUGAAAGAGUCAGCAUCUUCUCUUGACAUUUCUCUUCAGAAAAAGUUAGAGAAUUGGGAACGAGAAAAGGAAAAGGAAAAUUUGGAAUUAGAUGAAUUUUUGUUUUUAGAACAAGCUGCUGAUGAAAUAUCAUUUUCCAGCAAUUCCUCAUUUGUACUGAAGAUCUUAGAGAGGGACCAACACAUCUGCAAAGAUCACCGGUUGUCUUCUACCCCUGUCAAAGCUGUGCAGCAGCAAAAGAUGACAACACUGGGUCUCAUUAAUCAGUGUAAUCAAAAUGAGCAUCCAGACCAUAUUGAAAGUGAAAAUGAGGGUGAGUGUGAGGUUGCACCCAAAGAAAUUAAUUCAGCUUCCUCAUCUGAUGGAUUUGGGGGACUGUCUUGUAAAGUCAGUAAAAAAGUGUUCCAAAUGAGCACUUCUGAAAAUCAGAUGAGGUUGAAUGCAAGCAAAGAUGGUGUAAUGAACAGUGACAGUAGCACUGACUCCGAGGAACAAGGGGGCAUUAUCAUAAAGCCAUCAACUGAGGAUAGCAAAAGGAGUUUGAGCAGCAGGGAAGAUAGCCCACAAGUCUGUGAUGGUAAGGGACCUUUCAGGAACACUGAGACUCAAGAAGAGGAUAAGAGGAGAGAUGUGGAUUUGGAUUUGUCUGAUAAAGAUUAUAGUAGUGAUGAGUCUAUCAUAACAGAAAGCUUGAAAAAUAAAGGUUCUGAGUCCUCAAGAAGACCCUCAUCUCUAAGUGUGAAUAAAAUUGACUUUGAUGAUGAAAGAACUUGGACCGAUCUUGAGAAUUCAUUUAAACAUGAUGUUAUGCUUGGGAAUGAAGCCAUUUAUGGAACUCCCCAGACCACCUACCCUAAUAGGAGUGAAAUAUGUGUACUAGACAAAACAGUAAAAAGGAAGAUUGCAUCAGUCAAGAAGGAAGACUUGAGCCAAUCCAGCAGAGGCACAAGUCCUCCUCUUCCAUCGGACCUGAUGAUGAAAUUCUUCCCUUCUUUGAAACCAAAACCAAAAUCAAAGUCAGAUUCACACUUGGGAAAUGAACACAACUUAAACAUUCAAGACCAACCCCCUGGUGACAGCGCUCGAUCUGAAGUUUUGAGAGAGAAAGUUAUUGAAUUGGAAAUGGAAAUAGAAAAAUUUAAAGCUGAGAACACAUCUUUAGCUAAACUUCGAGUUGAACGAGAGAGUGCAUUGGAAAAACUCAGGAAAGAAAUUGCAGACUUUGAACAACAGAAAGCAAAUGAAUUGGCUCGAAUAAAGGAGUUUAAAAAGGAAGAAAUGAGGAAGCUACAAAAUAAACGCAAAGUUUUUGAAACAUAUACUACAGUUGCAAGAACUUUUCCAGAUAAAAAGGAACGUGAAGAAAUACAGGCUUUGAAACAGCAGGUGGCAGAUUUACAGGAAGAUUUGAAAAGAAAAGAAGCAAAAUGGUCAAGCACACUUGGCCGUCUUAGAAGCCAGAUAGAAAUGCUGGUCAAAGAGAACACAGACCUUCGGGAAGAAAUAAAAGUGAUGGAAAGAUUCCGACUUGAUGCUUGGAAGAAAGUGGAAGCCGCUGAGGGCGGCACCAAGACGGGUCAGUGCAGGACUGCUGUGAAGAAAGAGGGGUCCAUGAAUUCAUCAGUUCAAAUUCAGAAGAGUCAAAAUUCUUCAGGAACCCAGCUAGAAAUAUAUAAGAAAAAUAAUUUGCCCACACAAGGCAAUCCCUCUCGGAGACCGAAGUCUGUGCCAUCUCGUGAUUUAUGCAGUUCGGAUAAAGGACAAACUGCUUCACCCAGAGAGCCCCCUGAAUCAGUGGAUUUCCCAGAUCCUGAAUAUAAAGAGGAGUAUGAAAGAGAGGAAAACGAAGAACUUCAGGGGGAAAUCAGUCAUCCUGAUGGAAAGAUAGAGAAGGUUUAUAAGGAUGGGUGCUGUGUUAUAUUGUUUCCAAAUGGAACUCGAAAAGAAGUGAGUGCAGAUGGAAAGACUGUCACUGUCACUUUCUUCAAUGGUGAUGUGAAGCAGGUCAUGCCAGAUGACAGAGUGAUCUACUACUAUGCAGCUGCCCAGACCACUCACACUACUUACCCUGAAGGACUAGAAGUCUUGCAUUUCUCAAGUGGACAGAUAGAAAAACAUUUCCCAGAUGGAAGAAAGGAAAUCACAUUUCCUGACCAGACUAUCAAAAAUUUAUUUGCUGAUGGACAAGAAGAAAGCAUUUUCCCUGAUGGUACAAUUGUCAGAGUACAACGAGAUGGCAGAAAACUCAUAGAGUUUAAUAAUGGCCAGAGAGAAGUACACACUGCCCAGUUCAAGAGACGUGAGUAUCCAGAUGGCACUGUUAAAACUGUCUAUGCAAAUGGUCAUCAAGAAACAAAAUACACAUCUGGUCGAGUAAGAGUUAAAGACAAGGAUGGUAAUGUUCUAAUGGAUACAAAGUUGUAAUAAUCCUGUGUGUGUGACUAAUCAUGAAAUAACACUAACUUGAUUCUUGUUAAAAAAUGUACAUUUCUUGUGGAUUUUGUGGUUUAAUUUAUAUAUGUAUAUAUGUUGUGUGUGUAUAAAUGGAAAAGAUUGUUUGGAAUAUAAAAUAAAAUUUACAGCUUUAGUUUGAGAUGCACAAGGACUUUUUUAAAAAUUUAUCUUUACUGUUGAAGGUAUUACAAAUGUCCCCCUUUUCCCCUCAUUGAUC